CCCAGAAAGAGAACCGGCCCCGCCUCCCCGGCCCGGGCCCCGCCUCCUUGGCAAGCGGAGGGACGCUUUCGCCGUAGCAACCAGCACUGUGCCCACCAUGGCUGAAGAAGAGGAAACUGCUGCUCCCGCGGAGAAAGUUCUCCGGAUUCAGAGGGUGUUUAUAAACCUGCUGGACUCCUACAGCAGCGGAAACAUCGGAAAGUUUCUAUCUAACUGUGUAGUUGGGGCUUCACUUGAAGAAAUUACAGAGGAGGAGGAAGAGGAAGAUGAAAAUAAGUCAGCUAUGCGGGAAGCUUCCACAACCAAAGUGAAGGAAGGCACAUUCCAGGUUGUGGGCACGCUGUCCAAGGCGGACAGCCCGCAGCCCAACUUUGCGGUGGAGAUAUACUCAGCCAUCUCCCGAGAAGACCUUCUCCUGCGCCUGCUGGAGUGUGAUGUUAUUAUUUAUAACAUCACUGAGAGCCCACAGCAAGUGGAGGAAGCCAUCUGGGCUGUCUCUGCUCUGAAUGAAGAAGUCAGCCACUUUGAAAAGCAGAAGGUAUUUAUUUUACUGUCCACAGUGUUGACCUGGGCAAAAUCCAAAUCCCUGGACCCCGAGGAUUCUGAGGUUCCAUUCACUGAAGAAGAUUAUCGAAGAAGGAAAGCUCAUCCUAAUUUUCUGGACCACAUAAAUGCUGAAAAAAUGGUUCUCAAAUUUGGAAAAAAGUCCAGAAAAUUUUCAACUUACGUAGUUGCUGCUGGACUCCAGUAUGGAGCGGAAGGAGGCAUCUUACACACAUUUUUUAAGAUGGCUUGGUUGGGCGAGAUUCCUGCAUUACCAGUUUUUGGCGACGGAACAAAUGUAAUUCCAGCAAUCCAUGUUCUUGAUCUAGCAGGAGUGAUCCAAAAUGUCAUAGAUCACGCGCCAAAGCCUCGCUACCUGGUUGCUGUGGAUGAGUCUGUUCAUACCCUGGAAGACUUAGUCAAGUGUAUCAGUAAAAAUACUGGCCCUGGGAAAAUCCAGAAAAUACCCAGAGAAAAUGCAUACCUAACCAAGGACUUAACGCAAGAUUGUCUCGACCAUUUACUGGUCAACUUAAGAAUGGAAGCGCUCUUUGUGAAGGAGAAUUUUAAUAUUCGAUGGGCCGCCCAAACAGGAUUUGUGGAAAACAUCAACAAUAUCCUCAAGGAGUACAAACAAAGCAGAGGACUAAUGCCAAUCAAGAUCUGCAUUCUCGGUCCCCCCGCCGUGGGAAAAUCCAGCAUUGCUGAAGAAUUGUCCAAGUACUACAAACUGCAUCACAUCCAACUGAAGGAUGUCAUCUCCGAAGCCAUAGCAAAACUGGAGGCGAUUGUUGCACCUAAGGAUGUAGGGGAUGUAGGGGAAGGAGAAGAAGAAGGCGAAGAGGAAGAGGAAGAGGAAGAGGAGAAUGUGGAAGACGCACAGGAGCUCCUAGAUGGCAUCAGGGAGAGCAUGGAGCAGAAUGCAGGUGAACUAGAUGAUCAAUAUAUAAUUCGAUUCAUGAAAGAAAAGCUAAAAUCAAUGCCUUGCAGGAAUCAAGGUUACAUCUUGGAUGGAUUCCCAAAGACCUAUGAUCAAGCAAAAGACCUGUUCAAUCAAGAAGAUGAGGAGGAGGAAGAUGAAGUCAGAGGCAGAAUGUUUCCCUUUGAUAAAGUAAUUAUACCUGAAUUCGUUUGUGCACUGGAUGCUUCAGAUGAGUUUCUGAAGGAGCGUGUGAUAAACCUUCCCGAGAGCAUCGUAGCGGGGACCCACUACAGCCAAGACCGAUUCCUCCGGGCUCUGAGCAACUACCGGGACAUCAAUCUCGAAGAUGAGACAGUCUUAAACUAUUUUGAUGAAAUUGAAAUUCACCCGAUACAUAUUGAUGUAGGAAAACUUGAGGACGCUCAGAAUAGACUUGCUAUCAAACAGCUCAUCAAAGAGAUUGGGGAGCCUCAAAAUUAUGGUUUAACAGACGAAGAAAAGGCAGAAAAGGAGUGGAAGGCUGCAGAGGAGCGCCUGGCCAGGGAGGCUGCUGAGGAAGCAGAACGAGAGCACAAGGAGGCCGUGGAGACUGCAGAGAAGAUAGCUCGCUGGGAGGAGUGGGUGAGCGGGACUGUGUGUGUGUCUGUGUGUGUGGGGCGGGGCUGUGGUGCCUGGCAAAGCCAUUUCGGCCAGUUUCACUUCGGAUCCUGCUCUAGGGAAAUGUCAUAGAAAUACCCCAAACAA